ACCGCUUUUACCAAAACGCCCACACCCCGCCUCCAUUUUCCCGAACGCCCACACCCCCACCCAGUCCCCGAUUCAAACCGUCGCCACCGCCGUCGCCGCGUGAGUCGUGACUCCCCAGCGGCGGCCUGCCACCAGUCACCCACUCCCCGCUCGUCGCGUUUCUCUGGAAACCGCAUUUGCGCCCGCCCCCUCCGCUCCCCCGAGCCGAGGCCCGAGAGCUAGCUGCCUCAGGUGGAUCGCCGUCCACUCAGCGGCGGCGGGGUUUACGAGACGGCAAAUUCCGGCGCGGGAUGCCGCGAUCCCGGCAGUGAUGUGCGGAUCGGAGCAUGGGUGUGACCCCACCGGGAAGUAGCGGCGACCGGCGGAGGACUAGGCGCGGGAGCUGCGGCCAUGACGAUUUACAUCGCGAGGGAGGCUACCAAGCUUUGGAGGAAGGUUGGCGCGGAGACGACGGCGGAGCUGCAGCUUCUGCUCGAGAAGUGGCGAUUGCUCCUUGCAGGAUUGGUGUUUCAGUAUAUUCAUGGAUUGGCUGCUCGAGGAGUACAUUACUUGCAUCAGCCCGGGCCGCUGCUCCAGGAUUUGGGAUUUAUGGCCCUUCCGGAGCUCGGACAAGACAAAGGUUACCUUAGCGAGAGUGUAUUCACUUUCAUCUUCAUUUCCUUUCUGUUGUGGAGUUUUCACCCUUUUGUUUAUCAUAGCAAACGCUUCUACACUGUUCUACUCUGGCGCAGGGUGCUUGCUUUUUUAGUUGCUUCACAGUUUUUACGGAUCAUUACGUUCUAUUCCACUCAGCUUCCUGGUCCAAAUUAUCACUGCCGUGAGGGCUCUAAACUAGCCACUCUUCCACCACCCAAUAAUGUGCUUGAAGUGCUCCUAAUCAACUUUCCCCGUGGAGUGCUUUUCGGUUGCGGUGAUCUGAUAUUUUCAUCUCACAUGAUCUUUACUCUUGUUUUCGUGCGCACAUACCAUAAGUAUGGAUCAAAAAGGUUCAUUAAGCUUCUGGCUUGGCUGAUGGCUAUAAUUCAGAGUCUUCUUAUAAUUGGCUCUCGCAAGCACUACAGCGUGGAUGUUGUUGUUGCUUGGUACACUGUUAAUUUGGUCGUGUUCUUUGUUGAUACAAAGCUGCCAGAAAUGCCAGAUCGUACAAAUGGAUUAUCUUUGCUUCCUGUAAGUUCAAAAGAUAAAGAUGGCAGGAUGAAGGAAGAGCUCCAUAAACUUGAGAAGGACAGCAGGAUGAGGGAGGAGUUCCAUAAGUUAUUAAAUGGAAACACCGUUGAUGCUACUGAUCGGCGACAACGAGUGCAGAUGAACGGAAAGCAUGGCGAAGACCUGAACCACACUGUCUCUGAUGCCACCCCCACUGGUCUCAGCGCACUGCUUGUGGGCGCGGGAGAGAUCGUCCUUGCAGGAGCAGCCGAGCACGAUGCCGGCGCCGGACUCGGCGGCAGAGUUCUCAAGGCCGAGGUGGCAGAUGCGGCAGUUCCUCUCGGCCUUGUCGGGGCUGCCCUUGGUGAUCUCUGCCAGCCCCGCCUCCAGGUCGACAUCGUCCAGCGAGCACUCCGACACGCACGACUUCCUGCCGCGCUCGGCCGCGUCCACGGCGCCAGCGUCGCAGCUCGUGGAGAUGUAGUCCUCCAAGGCGGAGUCUUGCCGCGAGUGCGAGUGCCACGACCGGUCCUCGGCGUCCGAGAAGCACUGGCUCCCCUGCUCCUGGUCCGAGCCCUCCUCGGCGAGCCGCCGCCCGCCGCCGCCUACGCGGCCCCGCUCCACGCCAGGCUCGACGGCGGCGAUCGCCGAUUGCUCGCCGUCGUUCACCAUCGCCACCAAAGAAACCUACGAGAUCAAUUCAAGAAAAGGAAAGGAAUCACUCCAAUUCCCCCGUCACAUAACCCCGACAAGAGCAAAUUAGGAAGCAAGCAAACAAGAAACGCCGAAAACGCGCAGUAAAUACCACUCUCGCAGGCGUCCAAGAACCCAACCGGAGGCCACUGCUCAAUGCGGCCGAUCACGAGAAGAAGUGACACAAGCAAAAUCCAAGGCCGGUAGUAGACUCUAAACUCUAAAAAGAACUGAGGUAUACGGCAUUAGGUGGCUGCAAGAUUGUAUUUUUAAGUGAUCUCUCGAUCCAUACUCGGCGACCGCACCAGGUAAAACAAAACAGAAGCGGUGAGGAGAGGGAGGGAGGCGGAAGCAGUAAGGCUGUUGCCUGUUGGACACUUCCAAAAGCAGGGCGAGUUAGGCGGAAGAGAGAAGGGGAAAGAAAAGACUUUGCCGUGGUUGCCGAGGAGGGGAAGAGAGGAGAAGAGAAGAGACGGAGCCGGAAUGGCAGGUCGUGUCUCAACGGUCGUCGUCUUCGUCUCGUGGUGAAGGGGCGAGACUGUCAUGUCACCGAGACGUUUUACAGUGCUUGGGAGUCAGCACAAUCGUUCAUCAACCCUAAUUCGACGGUACACAAUUACAGGAUUUGGUAUCGUUCGGCAACCACUACUACUGAUUGACUGAGAUAGCAGGUAGUUGGAUGAAUGAACACACCACGUAUUGAUCAUCGAUCAACAUGACCACAUCGUCAGGUGAUGUAAUGUGUCGGUAUGCAAUGCGGUGUACGGUUCAUCGCUCGAUCCAACAACCGCUGGGACAAACCUACGGCACAGUCGGCACUCCGAAAGCAUGAAAGGAACACCCACAGUUCACCUCACCAUGAUCUCACGAAUCAUUGAGAGCUUAAACGCAAUUGCCCCUCGAGGAGGGCGCCAUCGCCUCAGCUUCCAGUGAAGCAGACGGCUAAUUAAUCUCUCUUUGGCAACGGGCGCCACCACGUCAGCUAGGGCAUCCUAUUGCAACUUUGACACUGAUCAGCAACUGCACAUAUAUUUUGUGAAAUCAAUUUAGGAUAUAGUAGUAUGAAGAAAUAAAAGAAUAAUAUAACAAAAGAGAACUUGCAUAUCUGAUUUUCUAAAAACAUACACGUGUGAUUAAAAAAGACAGCACAAUCAAUGUUAAUUUUUUGAUUUGUGAGUUGGAGAUUGAAAGUAUUUUUUAAAAAAGAAACGAGAUCCAACUUUAUACUAUAGCCAUUUAAUUAAUUCUAAUGAUAAUGGAGAUUGUUUGGAUCUUCUUAGUGAUCAACUCGAGUAAGAUGAAAGAUUGAGAGUA